AUGGCGUUGGCGUUCUCGAGUUUCAGUGAAGCACAGCGGCUCUCUCUUUCUGUGGCGGGGGCGAGGAGAGGCGCGUAUGCUAAGAACUCCUACGGCAACGAGUACUCAGCAGUGGGCGUGUGGGUGCUGGGAGAAACUCUGCGCAACGCGUGGGGGGAGGGCGUGGUGCGGCAGAAGGAGAGGGAGCUGAGCGAGUACCUGGAGGUCAGUGGUCCCGGGGGCAAUGGGGGAGGCAGCGCAGUAAGUGGUUGCUGCAUCUGUUCUCGACUCGCCUUACGAGUCACUUCGUGGGGGGAGGGCGUGGUGCGGCAGAAGCAGAGGGAGCUGAGCGAGUACCUGGAGAGGCAUCGCAUGGCAGUGGGUAUGGAGCUGGUCACGGCAGUGCUGGGAGACCACGGGCAGAGACCCCUGCAAGAUUAUGUGGUGGUGACAGCAGUAACGGACAUGGCAAGCCACCCCCCACGCUUCCUCUCCACCCCCGAGGUGCUGCGCUUCUGUCACACCUGGCGCCUGCCCUUCAACUCCUACUGGCUCUUCCACUCCACGGAAUCAUGUGCACAGCUGUUUGCAGCGUACAAUGCACUGAGCGAGGAGGGCACGGCGCACACUGUUGAGGACACCCUCACCAGCAUCGCAGACGUCACCAUUGCAGAAAACUAUAACCUUUUGUUUGCUCCGCUCUCCUCUCCCCUACUAUUGCCUCCCCUCAGGCACAGCAUCGCAUGGGAAGCUUCAGGGAAACAUCAUGGAGGGGCUGGUGGCGAGGCUGGUGAGCCCAGGAGUUUGCAGCAAGUCAGCGAGCUUAAGGCGGUGCUGAGGGCUGGCCCGGCGGCCAGCUAUCCGGUGGGAGCAGGCACGCGACUGAGAGAGCUCUUCACUCAACACGACUCCAUGCGCGAGGUCAGUGAGGCUGGGCAAUGCAGGGGUCGCUCCACAGCGCAUCGCCCAUCUGGUGGAGGAGGCAGGAGACGCCAUGUGCAGCGAAGGGCACUUGGGGAGGGCGUGGCGGGGGGUAUGGGAGUAGAGGCGAGUCGACUUUUGAGUCGACUCAAAAAGUCGACUUUUGAGUCGACUCAAAAGGGGGAGGGCGUGGCGGGGGGUAUGGGAGUAGAGGCGAGGACCAAGCUGCUCAAGGUAUGGGGCACGUCCCCUGCUGCCACUCACGAGAUGACCAGCGCUCUGCCGAGCAUGUCGACUCAAAGGCCUUCGCACCCCGCACCGCACUGUCUCUCACUCCAACGUUCCCCUCAACCUUGCCCCUACACCAACUCCUCCGACUUCGCCCUUCCCCUGUGUCCAGUCCACCCUCGUCCCCCCAACCCUCCCAAGUCCGUCUCAUCCAACUCUACCUCGACUAUGCCGAAUCCUUUCUUGCUGCCUACGCCAAGAGGGGCGCAGCACAGGCCAAGGCAGUGGGGGGCCGCAUGGGACGGGGAAGCAGGGGAAGGGAGUGAGGGGAAGAGAGGGGACGGGGGUGAGGGGAUGCGGGGGGAGGAGAGUGGAGGGGAGGGAGGGGGAGCGGAGGGGAGGGGGAAGCAGGGCAAGGGGCUGCUGGUGUUCUUCCCGGGGAUCCCUGCUGAGCAGGCAUGGACUGGCAGGGAGGGCGAGUCGUCUGCGCAGGGAGCGAGAGACGGGGGGGAUGCUUCAGCGGACCCUGUUGUAGGAGCAGAGGCAGGGGCGGUAGAGGAGGAGGAUGGGUGGCAGGAGGUGACGAGAGGGAAGGGCAAGGGGAAGAAAGGCAAGUACUGGAAGGUGUUGGGGGCGCGCAUGAGGAAGGAGAGGGGGGCGAGGGUGAACGUGCUGGCGGAUAAGAAUGCGCCCAACGAGGACGUGUGGAACCAGAUAGAAGCCAUUUGCCACGACACAGGGCUGCUAGGCGCGCCUGUUGUGCCUGCCUCGCUCGGUAAGCUGUCUUUUGAGACGUCUCAAAGCCACGACACAGGGCCGAUAGGCGUACCUGUUGUGCCUGCCUCGCUCGGCACACUGCACAACGCUUUCGACUGGCGAGUGCUGGCCGUGUUUCUGUUCCGCGUGAUUCAGCGCACCAACCACCCUGGCGAUUUGGAUGCCAGCUCACCAGCUCCAGGGCAAGUGGUGCUCAACUUCCAUUCGCUCUACACGGCAGACAUAAACCGGGAGGACUUUGAGGCGGAGCUGAAGCAGCGCUUUGGUGUGCUCGUGACCAUGCCUGUUCAAGGAGCCUCUGAAAACGCCAUGGCAGAGGAGGUGUUGGAGUGGGAGGGGGAGUUGAGAGCGGUGCUGCACAAGCAUGCCCACUACCUCACAUCCAUCCAGCUGCCUCUUGACCAAGUGGUCGCUACAGUCCAAAACCAGCUCCACCAGAUCGCUACAGGACAAAUCCGGCCACUGGUCACCACCAAGACGAGCUUCCGCAGCAUUCGCCUGGCAGCGGUGGUGAUUGAUCCCGCUGCUGAUGUGGCACCGGGCGGCGCUGACAAGGAGCAGGGCGUGCCGGCAGUGGUGGGGUAUGCUCCCAUGGAGGGGCGUGCAGUGACGGUGCUGGCAACGGCGCUGCUGUUUGAUCAACAUGUGGCUGCACUCGCCGUGGAGCUGAGGGAAGGGGAGGAGGGGGAGGCGGUUCGCUCGCUUAAUCCUUUCAUUGAACGUACUAACUCCUUCAUGCUGCUCCCAUGUGCUCUCCCACGUGCUCCCACGUGCUCCCAUGGCUCCUUGGUGCGUCCACCCAUCCGAACCGCUCUGUGUUGCGUCGAUGGUGCGGCAGUGCGGCUCAUGAUGUACGGCUUUGGAGAUGAUCCCGAGCCCCUACCCGAGUCAGUGGAGCUAGUGGAGGAGAUAGUGAUCGAGUACAUCACUGACCUCGUGCAUCGGGCUCAGGAGGUGGCAGCCAGGCGAGGCCGCCUCACCACAGAAGACGUGCUCUUCCUCAUCCGCAAGGACCCACGCAAGUUUGCAAGAGCCAGGGAGUUACUGGCAAUGAACGUGGAGCUGAAAGAAGCAAGAAAGGCAUUCCAAGAGGAGCAAUAA